AUGAUCCAGGAGUCGGUGGAGUUACUCUCGGGAGAGCUGGGUGGCAGUGGCGCCGGCGAGGACGACCACGACAGCAGGAGCGAGCCUCGGCUUGUCGCUCACCAGGCCGACCUGGAGGAGCUUUACCGCAACGAUGGCAUCCUAGCCGAUGCCACGGAGCAAGUGGACCAGCAUAAAGAUGCCUAUCAAGUGAUAUUGGAUGGUGUGAAAGGUGGUACCAAGGAAAAAAGAUUAGCAGCUCAGUUUAUUCCAAAAUUCUUUAAGCAUUUUCCAGAAUUGGCUGAUUCUGCUAUCAAUGCACAGUUAGACCUCUGUGGGGAUGAAGAUGUAUCAAUUCGACGGCAGGCAAUUAAAGAGCUCCCUCAAUUUGCCACUGGAGAAAAUCUUCCCCAACUUUUGCAGACAGAUGACUCUGCAGAAUUUAAUUUAGUGAACAAUGCUCUGUUAAGUAUAUUUAAGAUGGGUGCAAAAGGGACUUUAGGUGGCUUAUUCAGCCAAAUCCUUCAAGGAGAGGACAUUGUUAGAGAACGAGCAAUCAAAUUCCUUUCUACAAAACUUAAGACUUUACCAGAUGAAGUCUUAACAAAGGAAGUAGAGGAGCUCAGACUAACUGAAUCCACAAAGGUCCUAGAAGAUGUGACUGGUGAAGAAUUUGUCCUGUUCAUGAAGAUACUAUCUGGGUUAAAGAGCUUACAGACAGUGAGUGGAAGACAGCAACUUGUAGAGUUGGUGGCUGAACAGGCUGACCUGGAACAAACCUUCAACCCGUCAGAUCCCGACUGUGUGGACAGGCGCUUACAGUGCACUCGGCAGGCGGUACCCCUCUUCUCUAAAAACGUGCAUUCCACAAGGUUUGUGACUUACUUCUGUGAGCAGGUUCUCCCUAAGCUCAGCUCCUUGACUACUCCAGUGGAAGGUCUUGAUAUACAGUUGGAGGUAUUGAAACUGUUGGCAGAGAUGAGUUCAUUUUGUGGUGACAUGCACAAGCUAGAAACCAACUUAAGGAAACAGUUUGACAAGUUAUUGGAAUACAUGCCAGAAGCAGAAAAUGAGGAGAAUGCUGGUAAUGAAGAACCUAAGCUGCAAUUCAGUUAUGUGGGAUGUUUGUUGUACAGCUUCCACCAGUUGGGCCGAAAACUUCCAGAUUUCUUAACAGCCAAACUGAAUGCGGAAAAGCUCCAAGAUUUUAAAAUUAGGCUGCAGUACUUCGCACGAGGCCUGCAGGUUUAUAUCAGACAACUUCGCUUGGCUCUCCAGGGAAAAACAGGUGAGGCCUUGAAAACAGAUGAGAACAAAAUUAAAGUUGUUGCAUUGAAAAUAACAAAUAACAUCAAUGUUUUAAUCAAGGAUCUCUUCCACAUUCCUCCUUCUUGUAAGAGCACAGUAACAUUAUCCUGGAAACCUGCACAGAAGGUUGAAAUCGGGCAAAAGAGAGCCACUGAAGAUACAGCUUCCGGUUCACCACCCAAGAAAUCUCCAGCAGGACCAAAAAGGGGUGCCAGGCAGAUUUAUAAUCCCCCUAGUGGAAAAUACAGCAGCAAUUUGGGCAACUUUAAUUGACAGAGAGGAGCCUUCAGGAGAAGUAGAGGUGGCCGAGGUUGGGGAGCACGAGGAAAUCGUAGUCGAGGAAGACUCUACCGAAUAAAACAUCACAUUCUUCAGCAUUGUCAUGAGCUUAUAUACAUUCUACUACUCAUUGGAUUGCCGGGGAUGUCCCUUUAA